AUGGUGGUCAUGUCGGUGGAUCCGACAAUGCGAGGGUGCUGGACGGGUUUGGCCGAGCUGGGCUGCCUCAGAGGCAUUUUGAUGGAUAGUCACCUCCCGAAGCGUGUCAGCAUGCUACCAGCGAUCCUUAUCCAUAAAGCUCGCUCUCAGACUUACCGCUUUGCGGAUGGCGUGCAAAGCUUCUUCGGCACGGGCCGCAUUAGUCAUGGCAUCAGUGUUGAAGAGCGCUAUGUCUUUCUUCCAGGACAACCGCUGGGUAAGGGCAGCUUCGGAGAAGUCCGAGUGGCCAUGGAUAAGCACACCCGUGAGCGCAACGCAGUCAAGUGUGCCUUUGUGAGCAAACGCGACAAGAUGAGCCAGAAAGAGAACCAGAAAGAGAAGGAUUAUGUUUUAGAGUCCUUCAUUCAAGAGUCUCAAGUACAUCUGAAGUUGGACCACCCGAACAUCGUCAAGUUGCUGCAUGUGUAUGCCAACGAGGGAUCAUGUCACCUUGUCAUGGAGCUUUGCAGUGGCGGCGAGCUCUAUGAUCGCUGGUAUGAUCGAGGUGUCUUUACCGAGGAUGAAGCAAUCAUAGCCCUGAGGACCUACCUGCAUUGGCACCGUGUGUGUCAUCGAGAUUUGAAGCUUGAGAACUGGGUCUACAAAGAUCACAGCGACCUUUCCUUAAAGCUCAUCGACUUUGGCUUUGCCAAAGCUUUCAGCGAGGAGAAACACAGCGCAUGGCGAAGCUAUGCCAGGGCAGUCAUUCCCGACACUCCAAUGACCGCCACACUGGGGACGAUAUACUAUAUCGCUCCUGAAGUCAUCAAGGGCUCCUACAACUACAAAUGCGACUUGUGGAGCACUGGAAUUAUCCUCUACAUGCUCUUGGCUGGCGAGCCACCUUUCUACAGUCAGCACUGUGACGAUUGGACGAUGCAAAAGAUUUGCAACGAACCCUUGGAUGUUCACAGUCAGGCAUGGGACGACAUCUCAGAGGAUUGCAAAGAUUUUGUGUGUCAGCUCUUGGAUCGAGAUGUGUCUCACCGCCCCACUGCACGGGAGAUCAGUCAGCACCGCUGGCUGGCAGAAGCGGAAGGGGCAAAGAGUGAAAUCAGCAAGAAAGUACUGGAAGAUUUGAGGGACUUCGGUUCAAUGAACGUCAUCAAGCGAGCCGCCUUUGGCCUGAUCGCCUUCUCCAUGGUGGGCACUGAUGACCUCAGAGACUCGGUUCGCCAGCUGUCAAUGACGGAAGCCGAAGCAAAGGCGGAACUUCGAAACGCCCGCAUAAACUGCCCCGAAGGCACGCGGAAUUCGCUCCAAAAAGCUGUUGGUGGUGUUGAUGCGCUGUUCGAGAAGCUGGACCUGUCAGGAGAUGAUGAGAUCGAAUACAGUGAGUUCAUCGCAGCGGCCAACGGAAGUCGCUACAUGUGCAAUGAGGCCUUAAUCAAGCAGGCUUUCGAGCGUUUAGAUGUGGAUCACAGUGGGGUGAUCUCCAUCCAGGAUCUUCGACAGGUUUUCGGGGACAAGUUCAACGGCAAUACGGUGGAAGAGAUCUUGGCGCAGGUGGACUACGCCCAGAACGGCGUGAUCACCUACGAUGAGUUUGUCCGAGCCAUGAUGGAGUUGCAGCCCGAUGAAAAGAACAACUGUGGUCCCUUGGAGCUGCGGAAGCGCAUCAGCCACGCCUAUGAGUUCACCUCCGUGGGCCGUCGCAACCGCUUCCGCCUGCACGAGGGUCAGAAGAUCAUCCCGAAGACAGCGGGCAUGGUCUACAAAGCAUCCCAACACUUCCAACGGGCGCGGAUCUAUCGAGGUCAGCCCCCUGCCUUGCGGCGUGGAUGGCACACUCCGGACAUCUCCAGGUGA